ACCACAAUAAAGUGACAGUAAGUGAUAGCUCUGAUUUGCGAUUUUGGAUGUUAUUAAAUUGCAGCUUAUAAUGCAGAAAUAAACUUUUGAUAGAAAUACUGAUGACGAAGAAUCUCAUGGAUUUAACAGUGGUGCAGAGGUUACCUCUUCAAUGGCUAUAUUUGAACAAGAAACGGCCAAAAAGGUGCUGCUAGAUGAUACAGAAUGUUUGUCCUGUGUUAUUGAAAAUUGGAGAAACAUUAAUGGGCAUAUAGAAUACACAAUUAGAGUCCAAAGAGGCCCAUUUCGUUAUAAUACUUGGAUAGUGAACAAAAGGUACAAUGAUUUUGUCAAUUUGCAGUCUCAGUUACAAAUUUCGGGAAUUCCCUUGCCUCUACCACCCAAAAAAUUUAUUGGAAACCUAAAUCCUGAAUUUGUUUCUGAACGACAAAAAGGGCUGCAGAAGUACCUAAACACAAUUUUAAUGAAUCCAAUUUUGAUGUCAUCUCUGCCUGCAAAGGCAUUUGUGGAUCCAGCUAAUUACUGUAGACCAUUUGGAGAAAUUGCUUUGCAACAUGUGUCUUUAGCACUAAGAAGUGAAGUAGGCUGGGAAGUAAUAGGCCCCUUGGAUGAUAUUGGCUGGAGAAUAAGGAAACAUUAUUAUCAAGUAAGAAAUAAGAAUACACCUAAAAAUGAGAAGUUGGCAAGUUGGACUGAGUAUGGACCAGAUAAAUAUCUCAGUGAAAAAGAUAUGCAAGCAGUUUUUAAAAGCUUAUCAUUGAUGCAGCAUCCAUUUGUGCAACCAAUCGAUCUUUGCUUAUGCACCGACGUUGGUGGUCUUGUGGUGAGACCAUUCUUUAAAGAUGGUUCUUUAAGAGACAUCCUGUAUGACUCAAAACCAAAGCAACCGUUUAUGAAAAAAUAUGGAAACUCAAAGGCUCAUAAUCACCUGGAUAAUGCCCAAAUUGCACUUUACGGGCGUCAAAUACUGGAGGCCAUCAAGUUCCUGCAUGACAAAGGACUACCGUAUGGUCAUUUACAUGCCAGUAAUAUUUUAAUAGAUGAAGGCAGAGCAAAACUUUUGGAUAUAGAAAAUGGUAUACUAGGUGUUCCAUCAUAUUACAGGCCGUAUUUUAUGCAGCAUCGUAAAAUUUUUUCGUUGCAAUCCAUCGACGUAUAUUGCUUUGGCCACACGCUUUAUGAAAUGACUUUUGGGGUUCCCUUGCGAGAUAUCUCCCUCAACGAACUCCCAGGGGAAUGUUCACCAGAAUUGAAAAAGGUGUUGGAGUCCAUUUUGUCGGCUGAAGCUUGCAAGACGGGUCUUCCGACGAUCGAAAAUCUUCUUUCUAUGCCAUUUUUCCAAAAAGUUGCUUUAGUAUUCAAUUCAGAGGAUAAAGCACAACUGAAGAUCCCUUCGUCGAUUAAGGAACGUUUGAAAAAUGUUCAAGCACAAAUUGAAGAACGUCUCAAGGACGAGCAGAAGAUGAUGCGAAGUCAAAAACGCAUGUCAAAAGUUCAGGAAAUGAUGAGCUCCGAAGAGGAGAAGAAAAAGCAGAGGCAUAAAAGGAGACAAGAACAGAAAUUGCAAAGUCAACGGAGUAUACAAGAAAAGGAAAAAGAAAAGGACGACGGGAUGAAUGGGGAAAGAUCAGACAGCGUGAACAGUGCCAGCACUGUUACUUCCGUUGGAACAAUCACACCUCCUUCAAUGUCAGAUGCACCAAACGUUUUGUCGUCUCCUCCGCCCCCCGCACCACCGUUUUCGGCACCAGCCCCACCGCCUCCACCACCCCCACUUUUAAACGGAUCGUCGAAACCACCAGACUUGUCCGCGGUCUCGAAAGACCGGUCAGCUCUUCUCGGUGCCAUUUGUAACUUCGAUAAAUCUGCUUUACGUAAAACCAGCAAGAAAUCAUCUUCCGUUACUUGAUAGUUGUCUUUAAAAACAACAACUUAUAAAUCUGACAGAAAUAAAUAUGUUGUAUGAACGGCAUUGAACUGUAGAACGGUUUUAAUUUUUGAAAUUGCAAAUGUCCAUAUCUAUAACUUAAUUAAUUAGUUUGAUAAUUCACACAAUUAGAGAAAUCUCUCGAUUUAGUGUUAGACACUUUUGAACCAAUAAACAGUUCUUAAUGCCAAAAUACAAAAAUAGUUUUUCGCUUUAAAAAAACUACUUACAGUAAUUAUAAAGUGCAUAUAAAUUACAGUAUAGUCGUUUUAAAAUUAGAAUGUAGGCAAUAUUAAUUAUCUUUGCUUGUUCUUAAAAUUAUUUUUUUUUAGUCGAUAAUCACCACAAAAAAUAUAAUCAUUUUUGAUUCAUCAAAAGAAAAAGUACGCAGUAAAUUGCUUGUUUAUAAUUGCUUUUGGUAUUCAUUGGCAUUUUCAGUAUUUGUUCUCGUUACUUGAAUCAAACAAUAAAAUAAAUUUUCAGUGAAUUUGCAAUAUUAUAGUGAAAUUAUGAAAUGUGAUUCUUGUAAAUAUUUUUUUAAUUGUUGAUAAUUUUAUAUUAAUUUAAUAUUAUUAUAAAUUGUUUUUGUUUUAAUUCUCAAAUAAGUUGACUAAUUCGAUUCAAGAAAUUUAAUUUUUAAAAUCAUAUAUUUCUUUUUAUUUUCCACUUUAUGUUCCUAUUAAGUUAGUCGUUUUUAUUAUAUAUUAUUUUACAUUCCAAUAUAUAUUCAGUGAGACAGUGGAAGUGUAUAUGAAACUUACAACUACCUCGGAAAGCCUUACAUAAAAAAUGAGUAUCAAGCACAAACAAUUGGUUAACAGUUUGUUUAAAAGAAAUAUAUAUUUUCAUAUCAUUACUUUAAAACAAUAAUUGUCUUAUUUCAAACAAGAAAUGAGAACUAUAAUCAAAGUACAAUAGACAUUCAUUCGAUAGUGUGAAAACCCCGCGUAAUGUGAAGGUGCAAAUUAAUUAUAUUAAUUCGCCAUAUACCGUGAACAAACUAAACAUUCGCUUAUAGAAACGAAUGUUUACUUGCUUUAAAAAUUGAUAUUUUGCCGUUGCUAUUGUACUUGCUGUAAAUUCCCGUACUUCGGUACUUCCCCAAUCGUAUUAGCUGAAGAGCAGUUUUGUGUAUUUACUGCUAUGUUUUAAUAAGUAUGUAUUAGUAUGUAUGUUUAUUUUCUUAAUUAUAUUGUUCACACUAUCGAUUGUUUACUAUGCUUUGAUUUUGUUUAAAAUUUCUGGUCGUUUUCGAAUUUCCAAAAUUAAAGCGUUGUUAUGUUUGGUACGUUUUUCUAAACCUUAAGUGUCUAUGUCAGAAACUGCCAAAAAGUAUCUCUCUAAAAAGGCAAUCAACUUGAAAAAAAUGUAAUUGAUAUUUCUUACUCUAGAAGCUUGUUGGAAUAAUUGCUUAUCCUUGUUUAUUCUAUGUGUUUUGCAUAAUAGCUUUUCAAAUACACAAUUCGUUACCAAAAUAUUUGUAAAGUAAGAAAAAGUAAUCACUACAGUAGUAUUAAUAGCAAUAGUGGUGAAUUUUAAAUGUUAUUGUACGAGAUAUAAGUACAUAUAGCUUAAAAUUAAUGUCUAUUUUUGUAGACUUAAUUUUAAUUGGUGUUAGUAAUUACUGAAAUAUCAUAGUAUUGAUGUUUUAAUAUCUGUAAAUGUAUACUAAAAUCUAAACUUUAGGACUUAUUCAAAUAAUAUCCAAAGAACCA